AUGGGUCUGGCAGUCUGCUUCUACUUAGAUCUGCAGCAGAACAUCCGACUGAUGGAUCAGACAAAAAAGCCAGGGCGGGCAGCAGAUGUAAACUUGCCUUCAUGCUAUAGCGUAAUUGAAAGUGAUGCAUUGAAAGAAGGGAUUGAGAAAUUCACUAAUGAGAUCAAAUUUGAAGCAUCCCCUGAUGGAGGGUCAAUCUGCAAGACCACCAGCUCUAUCUACACCAAGGGUGAUGCCAAGAUCCCUGAGGGAGAAAUCCAGGGAGGAAGACAAAGGUCUUUGGGACUGUUCAAGGCUGUUGAGGCUUACCUCCUCGCAAAUCCUGAUGCCUACAACUAA